AAAUGUCAGAAAUCAGAGUCUGUCAGUCGUCAGCUUUCAGUAGUUUCAGUUCGCAGUUUCCCUACUAAUUUUUGGGUUUGGGCAUUUCGCUCUGAAAAUAUCAUGAAAUGAUACAAUAGUUUCUUAUCUGAAUUGUUUAUAUUGGAACUGAUACAUAGUUUUUCCCUGCAAACAGCUAUUAGUGAGAUCAUCCAAAACCCAGAAUGGAAGUUAGACCUUCAGGAGUCUUUCUUGAAAACCAAAUAUCUGAUCCUGAAAUUUUGGAGAACUUAUUUGUACAUUGAACAGUCACUUCCCUCAUACUUGAAAACUUAGUAUGUGAAUAACAUCCUUGGUUCAACUAAUAUGUACAUUUCAAUAGCUCCCACCUAAUUCAUUGUGUAGUAUUGACUGUGUACCCACAUUUUAUCCUUGAAAAUUCCCCAAAAUGGAAACCUCAACUAGACUUCUCAUUUACACUUUGUGGAUGCUGGUCUUUCCUGAACUAUUCACAGUCUUCCAUGAAGGAGAAGCUGCACACACUGUUAAAAGAUUCACAGGGUUAUACACGGGUCCAUAUUUUGAUCCUACCACCACCACCAACAUAACUACCCAAUUAGGAACUCAUGCUUACAUCCCAUGCAAAAUAAAACAGCUAGGAAACAAGUCUGUUUCAUGGAUUCGUAGAAGAGAUGCUCAUAUCCUCACUGUAGAUAGGUACACAUUUAUAGCUGAUGACAGAUUUCAAGCAUUCUUUGUUGAAGCAACAGAUACUUGGACACUACAAGUGAAAUAUGUACAAGCCAGGGAUGCUGGGCAAUAUGAAUGUCAAGUCAGCACAGAACCAAAGAUGAGUCAUUUCAUCAACCUCAAUGUAGUUGUGCCCAAGAUAGAGAUAGAAGGCGAAUCGGACGUUUACGUGAAGCGCGGCAGCACUGUUCAGCUCAAGUGCGUGAUAACGCAAUCGCUGGAGGAGCCGGCGUACAUUUUUUGGUACCACGACGGUGAACGUGUGCUCAGGUACGACCAGAGUGCCAUCGACAUUCGCAUGUCGCGCAAAGGCACCGACACCACCGUCAGUACCAUCACAAUUUUCCGCACAAAGCUGGACGACGCGGGCAACUAUACGUGCAGCCCGUCCAAUUUGGAUUCGGCGAGCGUUUAUUUGCACGUGCUCAACGUCCAUUCAGCAGCAAGCACUUGAAAGAAGUGAAGCUUUCCAAUAUAUGCAAGAGAUAAAGUGGUCCAGAAUAUGACUUACAUUCAAUAUGUGAUUCCACAUCCAAGAAUCAUUAAAGCAUGUGA